CUCUGGGCCAAUUGGGCUCGGUGGGUGGGGCAGCCUCGCGCCUUGGCACUCACGUGAGCGUAAUAGCCUCGCAGCUUUUUGGGUGUGGCGGUUGCUCGUGCCUGGCGCGCUGCCUCUCAACUUCGCGAUGCGACAAAAGCAGCAUUGUAGCUUGAGGAAUCCGGUUUUUGUCCACUGAACUGCUGCUAAAUUGGAACCUCGUCAAUUCAAUACAGCAUCUUCCAAUAAACGAGAUCAUACCGCCAAGAUGCCUAAAUUCUUCUGCGAUUACUGCGAUGUGUACCUCACGCACGACUCCAUGAGUGUGCGCAAGGCGCAUAACAGCGGCCGAAACCACCUGCGCAACGUCGUCGACUACUACCAACAAAUCGGCCACGAAAAGGCCCAGUCCGUCAUCGACUCCAUCACCUCCUCUUACGCCGCAGAAGGCCAAGCCCACAACAACCCAAUGCUGCCACAAAACCAGCCCGGAUCGGCCUUCCCGCCGCCGUUCCCCUUCCCAGGAGGUGUCCCACCUCCCUUCCCCGGCAUGCCCGCCGGCGCACCACCCUUCCCUCAAGGCAUGAUCCCACCCCCAGGACAAGGCGGCCGCGGCAUGCCUCCCAUGCCCCCCUUCCCCCCCGGCCCCAACGGCUCACCAAUGCCCCCCGGAGGCCUACCGUUCCCCCCGCCCGGAGGUCUCCCAGCCGGCUUACCAUUCCCGCCCCCGGGCGCGCCAGGCGGCCUGCCCCCCAACUUCCAGUUCCCCGGCAUGCCGGGCGGCGGCGCGUUCCCACCUGGACCCCCUGGCGCGUUCCCGCCCGGUGGCGGUCCUCCGGGUCAGGACAGGCGGUAAAGUGUAGCUUGGUUACCACCUUGGUGACAGCGAAACUACCUUGGUAAAAAAGCGGCAUUCUCUCACACGGGACGGGGGCACGUGUCUUCUUGGUACAAGUGGGAUUUGGUGUUUAGGCGUCAUAUUCAGGGCAAAGGGUGUAUAAAAACUUUUCAUGACAUGGCAUGGUAUAUCACAUUCAAAAACAAGAUAGAAGAAGCCAAAGCUCCAUCCUGCGCAACUCAGAAAGGGUCGAGGUUCUUUCUGUUUUCUCGUUCCGAGGCUUGAGUAAAGAAACUUGAGUAAAAUGGUAUCUUGACGAGCAAUUUUUUCUAUAUGAUACAAUAAUAAGA